GGCAGACGAUCUGCGCCAGUGCUAGCCGGCUAACAGCUAGCUCCGUCCGACGCCAUUAGUUGGAGAAAAACAGCGUCUCGAUUCGGCUUCUAACCGGGUCUGGCUCCGAGUUCGGCCCGGCCUCCCUCCGCGCUGCGGCCACACACCGACACACGUCCGGUUCGUGAGCGCUGUCGAAGCUUCCCUCUCAUGAUUUCAGCCGCUUUUUGAAGUCGGAAGCCGAUGUGAGCUCCGCAGGAGUCGAGUUCCGACCGCGGCGGUUAGCAUUAGCAGCGCUAGCUUGUUUUGAUAAAGCCCCGGAUCUGAGCGACGGACUGCGGCCAUGGCGGCGGCGGCGGCGGCGGGCGGCAACAGCGGCGGAGGCAAGACGUACUCGUUCAAGGUGGUGCUCCUGGGCGAAGGCUGCGUGGGCAAGACGUCGCUGGUGCUGCGCUACUGCGAGAACAAGUUCAACGACAAACACAUCACGACUCUACAGGCGUCCUUCCUCACAAAGAAGCUCAACAUCACAGGAAAGAGAGUCAACUUGGCCAUUUGGGACACGGCGGGUCAGGAGCGCUUCCAUGCGUUAGGGCCCAUCUACUACAGAGACUCCAAUGGAGCCAUCCUAGUGUACGACAUUACAGACGAAGACUCCUUCCAGAAGGUGAAGAACUGGGUGAAAGAGUUGAGGAAAAUGUUGGGCAACGAGAUUUGUUUAUGUAUAGUAGGUAAUAAAAUUGACUUGGACAAAGACAGACACGUUUCAGUGGAAGAGGCUGAGAGUUACGCCGAGUCGGUGGGAGCCAAACACUACCACACAUCCGCCAAGUUGAAUAAAGGCAUCGAGGAGCUUUUCCUGGAUCUCUGUAAACGGAUGAUGGAGACGGCCCAGGCCGAGGAGAGGAUGAAGGGCAACGGCUCCAGCCAGGCGGCGUCCAGCCGGCGAGGCGUCCAGAUCGUGGACGACGAGCCCCAGGCCACGCCCGCCGGCGGCUGCUGCUCCUCCGGCUAACGCUAACACACACCCUCCACCACGCUUACAGUCAUUAUAUCCACACACACACACACACACACACACAUCUAUCGGUCUGUCCGUUCAGCGCCGCUGCCGCCGCUGCUGCUGCCGCUGCUGCUGCCGCUGCUGCUGCCGCUGGGGAUUGUGGGAAAUCUAAUUUGUUUGAUCCUCCAGAAUAAACGUAACUCGAGUCCUCAUGA